GAUGACGUUGCAUGGAAAGACGACAUCACGGGGAGGAGGUUUAAUGGCUAAGCUAGGACCUGUCAGGAAAAAGUAAAAGGAUAGCAUAACUGGCAUCGCAGUCAGGAGGGUGGGGGAUGAAUGGGGUAGGAGGGAUCUGUCAGCAUAAAGUAAGAAGAGAUCGUAUAACUGUUAUGAACAGUGGGGGAGGUGGGAUAAGUAGUUAAAAAAAAAAAUAUAUAUAUAUAUAUAUUAUAGUGGUGGAGAAAGCAGGGUGCACUUUAAUUUUUCAGAUUUAUUUCCUAAAAUCGACCCAGUAUAUUCCAAGGCACCAGGCUACACGCACGGCCAAUGGUGUAGUGACAACUGAAAUCUUUGAGUUGUGAAAGCGCUGGGCUGUGUGUGUAGUUUCUGGUCUGACUGUUGCGCCCUGUUCCUAGCCGGCCAUACACAAGCCAAGCAUGAACCCGAAUGCGGCUGGUGUGAGCGCUAUUGCAGCACAGUACUGCAAGCUGGGAGAGAUUAGAAACACUGACAAGUUGCCUCGUCCCUCCCUUCUGUGCUCCCACCCCCUGUGCCUGGCUCAGUGACACACGGCAACUCUCGCACAUCCUCCUUCCUCAGCACUAGCAGUACGAGCACGGACUGAGAGGAUCGCUUCCCCCCGCUCCUUCUUCUCUCCCUGUCACCUCCUCAGAAAGGUUUACUUGAAUAGUGCCUUCUGUAAAGUCACUUUUGCCAGAAAGUACUAAAGCGGACCAUCUGCGUUAUCAGGGCUUUCUGCUUGCCAAACACACCGGAUCCUGCUCUGAAGGGUGGAUGUAUCCACCAUGUCUUUAAUUGCCAAUGACUCAACAUGAAAUGGAAUGAGCAUCAGCGAAGAAAAAAGAUCCUAACCGCACCAUUUGUGUGAAUUUCCCAAAAGGCUGACAUUAAGCCGAUCUCCAAUAAAGAGAAACUCUGUUUUGAGAAAAAAAAAUAUACUUAAUUGUAGAGACGGUGCAGUUAGUUUGGAGUUACUUCAUGGAAAAUAGUCGUCAGCAUAUUGUCCAGCCAUCCUGACAUUUCCAACUGCUGAGCUUUGAGAGCAUGUUGUUUUUAAAGUCCAGAUUAAGUGGGGCAGCCUGAUUGAUGAGUAACUUUGGACUGAUUAAUAGGCUUUUUCUUAUGGUGCUUCAAGUGCCUUGGACUCCAUUCAGCAGUCUACCACCCCACAAUUUUAUUGUUUUACUUUUAUUGCUAAAGCUUUUAGGAGCAUUAACUGACAUUUGAACAGUUAACAAGAAAGUGUUCCAUUUUAUUCUUUUUUAUCCAAUCAUGGCUUUGAAUGUAGCUCCUGUAAGAGACACAAAAUGGCUUACAUUGGAGGUGUGCAGACAGUUUCAGAGGGGGACUUGUUCAAGGUCUGAUGAGGAAUGUAAAUUUGCACAUCCACCCAAAAGUUGUCAGGUUGAAAAUGGAAGAGUUAUUGCCUGCUUUGAUUCCCUUAAGGGACGCUGUUCAAGGGAGAACUGCAAAUACCUUCAUCCACCAACACAUUUGAAAACUCAGCUAGAAAUUAAUGGCAGAAACAAUCUUAUUCAGCAGAAAACGGCAGCCGCCAUGCUAGCUCAGCAGAUGCAGUUUAUGUUUCCAGGCACACAACUGCAGCCAAUGCCAACAUUUCCUGUAGGUCCAGCAUUAGGAACAAACACAGCUAUUAGUUUUGCUCCGUACCUUACGCCGGUAACUCCUGGAGUUGGAUUAGUUCCUACUGAAAUACUGCCAUCUACACCUGUGAUUGUUCCAGGAAGUCCACCAGUAUCAGUCCCUGGAUCUACUGCUGCCCAGAAGCUUCUCAGGACUGAUAAACUGGAGGUAUGCAGGGAGUUUCAAAGAGGAAACUGUGCACGGGGAGAGACUGAUUGCCGCUUUGCUCACCCUGCAGACAGCACGAUGAUUGAUACAAAUGAUAACACUGUAACCGUUUGUAUGGAUUACAUUAAGGGUCGCUGCAUGAGGGAGAAAUGCAAAUAUUUUCACCCUCCUGCACAUUUGCAGGCCAAAAUCAAAGCUGCACAACAUCAAGCCAACCAGGCUGCAGUGGCAGCUCAAGCAGCUGCCGCAGCUGCAACAGUGAUGACGCAGUCGACUGCCAAAGCAAUGAAGCGACCUCUCGAAGCAACUGUAGAUCUGGCUUUUCCUCCUGGCGUUCUUCAUCCCUUACCAAAGAGACCAGCUCUUGAAAAAAGCAAUGGUGCCAGUGCACUUUUUAAUCCUAGUGUCUUGCACUAUCAACAGGCUUUGGCUAAUGCACAGUUGCAACAACCUGCCGCAUUUUUCCCAGCAGGGUCAGUUUUGUGCAUGACACCAGCUACCAGUAUUGUACCCAUGAUGCACAGCGCUACGUCCGCCACUGUCUCUGCAGCAACAACUCCUGCAACAAGUGUCCCCUUCGCCGCAACAGCCACAGCCAAUCAGAUUAUUCUGAAAUAAUCAGCAAGGGGGAAUCGGAGCAUCACGAAGAUGUGCAGAAGCUAGCAAAGCACUCAUAUUGUACAUACUAUCCUGUCUCCUCUAUAGAGUUGCCACAAACUGCAUGCUAAAAGGAUAUUGUUCUCUUUAUGGACAAACUACAAACUCUUAUGAAGCUAGUGCUGCUAUACUAUAAAUCGAUAAUAUAUAUGGUAUGCUUAAUAUAUUCCAACAUCAAAUAGUUAACUACCUGAUACCAGCUGUGAUGUUAAAGAAAUGUUUAGUGGGUAAAGUUUACUUUUUAAUAUUUUGUAUACCUGGUUCCCACUCAACAAUAUUGUCUUAUCACCUAUUAUAUAAUUAAAGCAGAUGUUAAUGGUAUAGAUCACAUUUAAAAUUUUAGGAAGAAUUUAAGAAAAGAGAGAUAUAUAUAAAUAUAUAUAAAUAUAUGUAUACAAGAAUGUUUUUUUUUCCAAAGGCUAAUAUACAGUGUUAGAUUGUGUAUAUUAACACUUUGGCAUUCACAUUAGCCAACAAUAUAUAGCUAUAUGUUCCCCUCGACAGAGAAGACCAAGAAGAUCAAGUACUCUCAAUAAUGGACAGAAGCUUAUGUUAAAGCACAAAGUCAAAGCAUUGAAACUAGCAUCCGGCUCACUUUAUCCGUAGAAGCUGUGUUGGAACAGGUGGGAUAUAACAGCAACAAAAACAAGCAAAAAAAAAAGAGCAAAAGUGGAAACCUUUGCACAGUAUGACUGUCAUACACAAGGAAGUCUUGAAUACUUUUAUUUUGUUUUCUAACCAAGACUUUGCAGAAGUGCCUAAAUUUUGCCACAGUACAUCAGUCGCAAAAAGAAUGAAUGCGAUGCCAACGUCCCCGUUACCAGUGAUCUGACCUUUCUAACCUGCAGUCAAAGGUUGGUGACAUAGCAAGUUGGAUCUCAAGCAGGAAAAAGGCAUCAGAGGAGGAGUUGUCUUAGAAAAUUGAAUGUACAAAACAGUGUAUUAGUCACUUAGAACAUUGUGGUGACUCUAAUAUAUAUUAGUAAACAUUUGUAAAUGUGGUGAGAGAGUUUUCCUUUGACCCUGUCUGGCGAUUGUGGGGCCUGCAAGAGACUGCAGAGCAAUAGACUGCAGGCCUUCCAAUCCCCCCCCCCCAACACCCCUCUGCUGCCAGAGGAAAAAAAUGCAAUGAACAGUGCUGUUUGCUAUUCCUCUGGCAGCCAAGGGGUCCCAAAGGGCCCAUAGUGAUAUACUUUUAUAUAAGUGGUUGGAGAAAGUUGUAACAGGAUUACAGCACAACAGAGAAAAGAACAUCUUUUAAAGCCUAUUUUAUCUCAGAAUUAUCAAGAGAAGUCGCUUAUAAGUAAACACAGAAAAAUAACCUACGAAUAAAACAGAUUUUGAUGUUUACUUUUAUAGUAAGCUAUUGAUUUACAAGGUAAAAGUCUGUACAUUUAUAAUGUAAUUGAGUUUAAUGUUUGUUUCAAGCACUAUUGUACCAAAUAUUUCAUGUUUCUGUGUUGCACAUUUGUCACAUAAAGUAUGUGGUUGCCCAAUUAUGGUUAUCAGAGCAGAACAGCUGUUGUACAUGAAUAGUAUCCUUAAGUGUUAGAAAUCUGUUAUUUUUUCUAUUGUCAAACAAUAUUAGUGAUUGCAGUAUUUUAUGAGGAUUUUGAGAACUGAAUGUAAACUAUUUUUAAUGUGGGCAGCCUGUUCUGAAAGAAGGCGCUGUAAUUCUAUAUUUGGUUAUCAGGAAAAGAUUCUGCCUUUACUUGUGUUUAUUCUGUAAUAUAUGUACGAUGUUUAAUUACUUUUAUUCUAGUUGCAAAGCAAAUAUUCAAAAGAUCUAUGUCAGAAUCCCCACAAAUAGUACUUGGACACAUGACAUCUUAUCACAUCCACCUUGCAUUUAUAUACUUGACUGGCCUGAGAGCUACCCACAUGCUAAACAUGCGCCAUAGCCCUAGUGGGGGCCAGUGACACAGCGCCACACACACCCAUUUUGUCUAGUUAGAUUCCUACAGGUUUUUUUUGUUUUUUUUUAAUUGUCUUUAAAGUGUGAUGUGAAAUUUGAUGGGCCUCAAUGAUUGGUCUGUCUUUAUUUUAUCUUUGCAAACACACAUGGUUUGAAAUUAGAAAAUUGGUGAUCUUUGUGUUUUUGUAUUUUUUAUUUUUUGUUUUUAUAAAGUCCUCUAAUUAAACUAGUCUCUUAAUAAAAUAUUAGACAGUUAAUGCUUCUCUUAAAGUAAUACAAGAAGUGUAUUAAGCUUGUUAAAUGUCUUUAAUUACAGGAAAUAAGCUGUAGUCUUAGAGAGUGAAUGCUUACAACCUUGUCAGCUACUAAAUCUUCUAAUAUAUUUUACAUACAAAUAAUCUACAAUUUUUAAAUAGUUCUGUAAUCUAUCCAUUUGGUAGUUAAUCUAAAAAUGAGGUUCAUGGCCAUAUCUGAUCUGUCAACUGGAGAUGGGAAAAUUAUCCCUAAAAGCUUCUUCACACUAUUUGCCAAAAUGCUUCUUAGUGUGUUGCAGACAGUAGCAAUCCUAAGGAAACAGGCAGCUGGUCUUCAUUUUCUCUUCGUUGUGGGUGUUAUUAUUAUUAUUAUUAAUAAUUGUACUUUCUACACUGCAAACCUCUAGUCUGGCAUUUCAGCUAAAAUGCAGUGGCUAGAACCUUGAACACCAGGUAUUUGCAGUGUGGGAUUGAAAGAGAAUAAAGGGGAACUAUCACAAAUGUAAUUUUAAAAGUGAGGCUUGCUAUAUAAAAUUACUAUGAAUACAAUAUACAUUUGUAAUUUUAUGCAUAUUACUAUCAGCGCAGCACAGCACCUGUCAAGCCAUACUCCCACAGCUCUGUCUUUUAGAAUGCUCUGCAUAACCCUUUGCUCACUUGCAUGGAGAAAGCAAUGGCACUUAUAAGAGGUGCUGCUCGCAAAGUAAAGUAUUGCUUAAUGCAACAUCUUGUAGACUGCAUACUUUGCUACUCAACAGCUUCUGAGAGACAGAAUUGUAUUAGCUCAGGGGACUAGGAAAGCCAAACAGAGCAUUCAGUAGCAGAGCUGUUCCAUGUUGCUCUGAAAUUUGAGUGCUGAGGAUGGUUGGGAUGACUGGAGGCUCAGAAAUUGUGGCAUAGCUAUUUAAAACAUUUAACUAACUAUAUUUAUAGAAAAUAUUAAUUUCACGUGAUAAACAUCAUUCUUUGAAGAUGAUUUGGUGAUAAUUCCCCUUUAAGAGAAAGGGUCUGGGGUAACAGUGUAAGCAUUAUAUGUCUAAGCAGUCUACAAGAUAUUUAUCUUGAAACCAGAAAUGGACCAGCUUGGGUUGCCACUGUCAACUUUUUUAUAUUUACAGUUAAUUUUGGGAGGAAAUUCCCAUGAAUUGGCUUUUCCCUGAGAUUGACGCUCUGCAGAUUUUAGCCUCUGAGCAGAAGCCUAUUAACAGGAAGCCUGCCCAGAUCUCUGUAUUUGAGCACUAAACCAUGCCCAGCCUGCCCAGAUCUCUGUAUUUGAGCACUAAACCAUGCCCAGCCUGCCCAGAUCUCUGUAUUUGAGCACUAAACCAUGCCCAGCCUGCCCAGAUCUCUGUAUUUGAGCACUAAACCAUAUAUUAGUUACAUUGCCACCUCAAAGUCAAAAUAGCAUUGCAUACAUUAUUCUAUAUACAUUACAAUUAAAGAGGUGGAUAAAUGAAAUCCACCAUCUGAAAUACAACAUGACCUAAAGUGAUUGCUCUGACUGGCAUCAAUGCGCAAUUAGUUCUGUGAAUGUACACUCAAGCAAAGACAUCACCAUCCUUUCCAGGCGCCUCCGUGUCCCUCUUCAAGGUCUUCUCUUUGUACGGGAUGUAAAAUAUUGAAAAGUUUAAUAAAUUAUUUUGGUGCAGGA